UAAUAGAUAAACAAGAUGCGGUAAUUUUUUAUUUACUUCCGAUUCUUAUCGAAUCUCGUAGAGCAGGAGGUUAUAAAAAGAAAAGAAAUACGAACUGUGAGCAGGAUAGUGAAAACAGCAUCAGAAAGUUAACGUUACAAGAAUGUAGAGAUGCGUUUAUGUUACAUGCGCAGACUGUUGCUGAUUUGGAUCGUGCUUUAUAUGAUUUGAAGAGAAGACUGCAAAGAAACAAAGAUACUUUUCAACCGACACCUCUUAUAGUUGGACCUUUAGUAAACAUCGAAUCAUCAUACGUGAUUGUAAACGACCAAAAGUUUAAGGAAGACGAAUGUUGGCAGCUUGUUAUUCUUUUAAAGCAAAUAAUCGACAUUACAACUAGUUCAAGAGUUCAUUGUGAAACGUAUCAUUUAUUAGACACUAUUAUUAAUGAAUAUUUAACUUUAUUAAAUAACCAAUUCCCAGGCAAGAUAAAACCGAAACAUCACUUUUUAAUUCAUUAUGCUCGAAUAAUGAAGCUUGUCGGUGUAUUAUGGAAAACUAAUUGUAUGCGAUACGAAGGUAAACAUAAAGAAGGAAAAAAAACAUCCCAAGCUACAAAUAGUCGAGCAAAUAUUUCAAGAACAAUAGCUAUAAAACACCAACUGCUUUUAAACUACAGGUUGCAAUAUAAUAUUUCAUCCUGCCAUUUGUUAACUCUUGGACCAGUUGCCCAAAAGAAUGUACGCGAAAUACCUUUUGUUAAUAAUUGUAUUACACCUUUUCAAGUAGAAUUUAACAUAUUAAUUGCUAAGUGGAUAUGUUACAACAAUAAUAUUAUUAACAAAAGAGCCAUUAUCGUUACAUUCAACGAAGAAGGAGUAGAUUUUUAUUUUGUGCACACUAUUAUUAUUAAUAAAGAACAAAAUGACUUUGUUAUUUUAACUAAAAGAAUGUUACAGUGCUAUCUAGAUGAACAUGUACAAUCCUACAAAAUUUAUGAUAAUACUUGUUUUGAGUGGGUUUAUUUAACUAAGAAGAAUUUAUUUAAUUCUGUUGUAACACAUUGCGUUAGGCUUAGUGAAAGCGAAAUUUAUAUGGUUAAAAAAUGGUUUUAAAGAAAUACCAAAUAAAUGAAAUUAUCAUUGAAAA